AUGAUGGUGUCGCAAGAAUGUACUCGAUGGAUCAGACCACAGACAUUCGUUUCAUUGCCAUUGACAAACCUUAGUGAAGCUUUAGACGCACGUGGGCCAAGGGCUUUCACUGCACGGGAGAUUGAGAGUAGGGCUCACAAGCCUCAAUUCUUGUUGGAGAAGCUAAUCACAGUCGCAUCACAUUACUCUUUGGUGAAAAUGGCCCGCGAAACAUUGGAAGAGUUCAUGAGCUCAACGCGAGAUCCACAAGUGCAUUGGCGUUGGUUGCGCUGCUCUCCAAUAAGCUCUCAGUUUAUGGUAAUCAUGACGAAUCGAAAUUUUGACUAUGUUGUGGGAAAAGUAACUUAUUACAUCCGUGUGACUGCGGAUUCUGUAAGUUUAAUCUCAAAAGAUGGUCAUACAAUGGAAUGUUAUCGAGAUCCUCAUCAGCUGAUGUAUGCUCUUAAAUACAUG